AAACGUCGCAAGUCCACUAGAGGUAUAUUGUUUCGGUCAGCAAAAAGACGUGGGACUGAUCGCAAAAUACGUAACAUCAAGACAUACCGCUUCAAGUUUGGACAAUCCAGUACAACCAAGUCCAAGAGAUGCGAGAUCUCUAUUCGGUGGUAGGCGUCAUGCUGAACUAGGAUGGAGAGCAGGCCAAGAUGCGUCUCUACUCGACGCGUCAGCCUUCAAACGUCUUGUUGGACUGGCGUGCUGCGCGCUCGAUAUAAAGUGA